AUUUCAUUAUUUGGUUUUGGCUUGUUUUGUACUACAAAUACAUAAAAAACAAAAAUAUUAAAUAUUAGAAAUAUUGGCUACACUUUAUUUUGAGUAAGUACUAAGCUAUAUUAAUCAACUACGUGUACUUACUGUAUGGCUAGGGUUGAGAUUAGGGUUUGGUUUACGCUUGCGUUUAAUUAUGCAUAAUGUAUUGUUAUUAUAUUAAUAAGUAUAUGCAACGUUAACAAAAACAACUUAAAGUGUUACCAGAAUAUUUUAUUUACCCUCUGUUUUCUAUGAAUCUGUACAAAUUUGAGCUAAACCAGUUUAUCACUAGAGAGAUCGUAGUCUAAAAUAUUUAUAAAUAAGCAAUUUUUCAAUUUUACUGAAUGAGUAAAAUAAACGAGUACAUUUUUUUUAGAUUUCUCAAUGAAUGUCUGUGCAUUUGGGUUACAUGAUGAAGUGCACAUGAAUAGUAGAAGAUAUUGUUAACCUCAUAUUUAGAUUCAUCAACAGAAUAAUUAAAGCAAUCAGUGUUUAUCUGGUAUUUCUAUGAUGUGUGAAUAGAUGCAACACUUCAUCAGUUUUUUUAGCGAGCCGAGUUAUUAAUUUCUCGGCUCUUAUUUAUCUCUUUCUAGUCUUUUGUCCUUGUAGCAUUGUACCACGGGGACACCAACAGUCCCCCUCUUCUGACCCAUAAAUGUGGCUCGAUGUUUAAUUUGAUUACAAGUUUAUUCCAGCGCCUGACCCACGCACCGGUCCAUUCCUGUGAUUAAUCCGGCCACGGCAGCCAUGAUGGAUCUGGUGCGGCUUCUCGGCUGAAGUUCAUUAAUAAUUGGAAUGUUGCAGAGUGUGAAGUAAUGAAUACUAAUUAUUCCUUUCAUGUCUGACGGAGGAGCAUGAGCCAAUCCAUCAGCUGGGACUUUAAUUUGGUGAAGUAAUGGUUCUAUCAAUAGUACAUUAAUUCCAUCUUUUGAAGAAAUAGCGGCGAAGCGGACGCGGGCCUUGGCGGAACCUUUGGCAUGAGAGUUGUUGCCGCUGGCUAACAGGCACAGGGUACAUCAGACUAGGUGAUAAGGAGUGCGAGUAUAAAAGCGGUUUCCGUCUCCUUCUACACACUAAGCAAGCCAACCCUCACUUCCCCCCGGAGCUGCAGGCCCAGACCACACUUAUAAACUUCACAGUGACCCGGGCUGGGCUGGAGGAACAGCUACUGGGGCAGGUGGUCAUGCGUGAAAGGCCUGAGCUGGAGACGAUGAAGUUGGAAUUAAGCACCGAGCAGAACUUGUGUCAGAUUGAGCUGAAGAGACUAGAGGAUGAGCUACUUAGCAAACUGUCAGCAGCAGAGGGAAACUUCCUGCGAGAUACAGCCUUAGUGGAACAGCUAGAAUAUACUAAGAAUGCAGCCAGACACAUCCAUAACAAGGCUGUUGCAGCUCAAGAGAAUGAGAUAAAGACCAAUGAGGCACGGGAUCUUUACCGGCCAGCGGCUGAGAGAGCUGCCCUACUCUACUUCACCAUUAAAGAGCUCCACAACAUUAACCCAAUGUACCAGUACUCCCUCAAGGCCUUCAACAAAGUGUUCCUCAAAGCCAUUGCGAGAGCUCCUGGUGACGAAGACGUGUCUGUGCGUGUUUUAUCUCUCACUGAGGCCAUCACCCACUCGGCCCUUCAGUACACCUGCCAGGGGCUCUUCCAGAGGGACCGACUCACCUUCCUCACCCACACCGCCCUCCAGAUUCUUCUGAAGAGGGGCUUUAUUGAGGCUCAGGACCUGGAACUUCUGCUGCGAUUUCCUGUAGAGGUUUGUCGGAGCAGUCCCGUCAGCUUCCUGUCUUCACAGGCCUGGGGUGCCAUUAGGAGCUUGUCCAUGCUGGAUGCAUUCAGGGGUCUGGACAGGGAUGUGGAAGGUUCUGCCAAACGCUGGAGGAAGCUGGUGGAGUCAGAGUGUCCAGAAAGAGAACGUCUCCCUCAGGACUGGAAGAAUAAGAGUCCCCUCCAGAGACUCAUCAUUCUCAGAGCCUUUCGGCCUGACAGGAUGACCUACGCUCUCCGAAAUUUUAUUGAGGACACUUUGGGUUCCAAGUAUGUGGAUGUCAGUCGAAUGGCGUUUGAAAAGUGUUUUGAGGAGAGCAAUCCCUCUACACCGGUGUUCUUCAUCCUUUCACCAGGAGUCAACCCCGUCAAGGAUGUAGAAACUCUUGGGCUGAAGCUUGGAUUUACCGCAGACCAGGGGAACCUCCAUAAUGUAUCCUUGGGUCAAGGACAAGAGAUUGUGGCGGAGAGAGCAUUGAGGACGGCAGCCAAAAACGGACAUUGGGUCAUACUGCAGAAUGUUCACCUGCUGGAGCGGUGGUUGGGUCGUCUUGAGGAGCUGUUGGACAACACGGGCAGCGAUGCUCACUCAAACUACAGAGUGUUUCUGAGUGGAGAACCGUCCUCCAGCUCCCAUGAGCACAUCAUUCCUCGCUCCAUCCUGGAGAAUGCCCUCAAACUCACCACUGAACCACCCACCGGCAUGAACUCCAGCCUUCAUGCAGCUCUGGACAACUUCACCCAGGACACUCUGGAAAUGUGUUUUCGAGAGCAGGAGUUCAAAGGACUUGUGUUCACACUGUGUUACUUCCACACCUGUGUGACUGAGAGGAGGAAGUUUGGGCCUCAGGGAUGGAACCACAGAUACCCAUUUAGCAAUGGAGAUCUGACCAUCUCUGCCAGUGUCCUGUACAACUACCUGGAGGCCAAUACUAAAGUACCGUGGGAGGAUCUGUGUUAUCUGUUCGGAGAGAUCAUAUACGGAGGUCACAUCACUGACGAGUGGGACAGGAAGCUGUGCCGUACGUACCUACAGGAGUUCAUCAAUCCCAUGAUGUUUGAAGGAGAGCUAUUCCUGUGUCCUGGGUUUCCAGCUCCUCCUGAUCUGGACUACGCUGGGUAUCACAGCUAUGUGGAUGAGAGAUUGCCCCCAGAAAGCCCUAUUCUCUACAGCAUGCACCCUAAUGCAGAGAUAGAGUUUAUGACAGCCACAUCUGAAGCCCUCUUCAAAACGUUACUGGAACUCCAGCCCAGAGACUCAUCAACAGGAGAAGGAGCAGCACAGUGCACAGAGGAGAAGGUGAAGAGUGUUCUGGAUGACAUGCUGGAGAAGUUACCAGAAGAGUAUGAUCUGGCAGAGCUCAUGUCUAAAACGGCCGAGAGGAGCCCCUACAUCCUGGUGUGUCUGCAGGAGUGUGAGCGAAUGAAUGUGCUGCUGGCAGAGAUACACAGAUCAUUAACAGAGCUGGACCUGGGACUGAAGGGUGAACUGAGUCUCUCCUCAGACAUGGAGCAACUCCAAACAGCUCUGUUCUAUGACAGCGUUCCUGAGAGCUGGAGCAGACUGGCCUACCCUUCAACUAAAACACUGGCUCUGUGGUUCAGCGACAUCUUGGCUCAGUGUCGAGAGUUGGACACGUGGACGCAAGACUUUGUGUUUCCUGCUGUGGUUUGGAUCUCUGGACUCUUUAGUCCUCAAUCAUUUCUCACAGCGAUUCUGCAGAGUAUAGCUCGAAAAAACAAGUGGCCUUUAGAUCGGAUGACCUUGUCUGUGGACGUCACCAAGAAAACCAAGGAUGAUUACGGGCAUCCUCCUCGAGAGGGAGCGUACAUCCACGGACUCUUCAUAGAGGGUGCUCGCUGGGAUAGCUCCUCGGGUCUGCUGUCAGAGGCUGUUCUGAAGGAGCUGACUCCAGCUAUGCCAGUGCUGUACAUACGUGCGGUACCCAUCGACCAGCAGGAUGCGAGGAACACCUACGAGUGCCCGGUGUACCGCACCAAGCUCCGAGGCUCCACCUACAUCUGGAGCUUCCGCCUCAAAACACGCCACCCGCCUGCAAAGUGGGUUCUGGCCGGAGCGGCACUGCUUCUGUCCGUAUAACUCCAUUCUGCUCACAGAGGUUGACUUAUAUGUUAUAUGCCGAAGAAUUUAUUUGUUUUUUUAAAAAAAAGUUUUAUUUUUGUUUCUUAUUAAGUGCAAAUGAGGUUUUAUGUUGUCUGACGCAGGGCUGCACGACUAAUCGAAAUAAAAGCAACAUCGUAUAAUGCGACCAUGGACCACAAAACCAGUAAUUAGGGUCAAUUUUCACAAAAUUCUGAUUUAUACAUCAUCUGAAAACUGAAUAAAUAAGGUUUGUUAGGUCAAUAAUAGGCAGAGAUACAACGAUUUGAAAAUCUAGAAUCUGAGGGUGUCAAAAAUCUAAACAUUGAGGCUUGUUGCAAUGCACAUUAGUAACUAACAAUUGCAUUUAGACACAUUUACAGUAGGACAUUUACUAAAUAUAUUAAAGAUCUUUACUUAAUAUCCUAAUGAUUUUUGGCAUAAAAUAAAAAUCUAUAAUUUUCAGCAACACAAUGUAUUGUUGGCUAUUGCUACAUAUAAAGUAUAUAUACACCCAUGCUACUUAUGACUAGGUGCUACACAUGCAACUUUUCACGUAGCAAAUGCUAUGCUGAUUCCAUGUACUUGUGCAUUAUGUUGCUUAUAAAAUGCAUUCAGACACGCAACACGUGACAAACUACUUCCCAAAAUUGUAAUGAAAGAUUAACUAGCUGUUUUUAUCAUAAAUACAUUUGCAAUACUGCAUUAAAUUGCAGUUAUCUGACAAAAAAAUGUAGCUAAUUUAAAUGUUAAAAAAUAUUAUUAGUGCUGUUAAUCAAUUAUAAAAAGUAAUCAUAGACAGUAACUAAUCACAAAUUUAAAAUACUAGGGUGUACUGUAAAUGUUUUGAAAUAAACUAGUGUAAGGAAACCUCUCUGCCAGGUAUGAUACAUAAUCCUUAUUCUUUCAUCAUUAUUCUUCUGGUUUUAUUCAGCUAUUAUCUGCCUUUUUACCAGCAAUAAAACAACGUUUACCAAGCCACAUCGCUUCAAUCCCAAUAAAUUUACCCAACUAUUAUCAAAAGUAUUUCUAAAAAAAAAAAAAAACAUUUGCUUUUGCAGUAUUAUGACAAAAUGCAUUUCAAUAGUAUUUUUUUUAAUUUUCUUGUUUUGGUUUAUUUAGAAGCUAGUAUAGCAAACAGAGGAAUGUUUUAGAUUUUUUUUUAUAUCAAUUAUACUUUUCCUAAAUCGUGCAGCCCUGGUUUUACAGCAGCAUACGUCUACUGUAAAAUAAAUAAAUAACAUAAGCCAUUAUUGGCAUAAGUAUUGUAACAGUGCGAUAUUGAUGUUAUUAGCUUAAUUAAAUUUAAAGCUGGUUCUCGGCAGCUCUGCGCUUACUGAAUGACACAAUCUCCUCCAAUGCCGCUACAAUGAGACUCCCAGUAGAUUAUGAACCAGGCUGAUCUGAUUUUCAAAUGAGGUGUGUUUGACCUUCCGCUCCUGCUGAAUACAGAUCGACAGCGCGAUUCAUCUCACGUCCCGACAGAAACCAAUUUGUUAUCUCCUCUGAAUGACAUGCUUUGGCCAUGUCCAUUUUUCCCCCCUCGCGCGUGCGUCCCUUGAUGUGAUUUAAUAACUAGCUACAGUGCGUGUACUGUAAAAUCAUUGUAGCUGAUGUGCUUUUGUUCGAUGGCGUUUAGAAGGUAAACUAUUUAAAUUCUACACAGUGCGCGAUCACAAAACAACAUCUGCUGUUGGUCUGGGAUUAUCCGUAUGGUUCUUUGCCAUGACGCAGACCUUGUCAGGAGACAAGAAAAUGAUACAUCUGUCCCGGAGAGGGAAAUGAGAGGUUAGCACAAGCUGUGGAGCUGUUCCUCCCCUCUCAGCGAGUCCAGCGGCGGCCUCACAGCAGGUAAUAAUGGCCCAGAACAGGAUGGAUCUGUAACUGUUUAGACAAUUUAUCCUCGCUUCACACCGAGACAGCUGAGACGCACUGUAAGCCAAUAGAGCGUCAAAGAGAAUAUUCACACUAUUAGCGAUGAAUAACGAGGUCUGGGGUUUAGUAGGAAGUCACGACGCAUUUCCUGUUUCGGUGCGCUAAAGUAUACUUAAAAGUUAACAAACCACUAGGUGGCGUUAAGUGUGUAAUUUAAAGGCCCAGAAAGGAAAAUACAAAUGAAGACAUUUUUGAUGGCAUCUGAAAGCCUUCUGAACCUCCAUAGACAGCAAGGAUAUUACCACAGAAUCAUAAUGCAUAGAUAACCAUCAUAUAACCAUAAAUCAACGCAUAGAAGCAUAGCAAGGACAUUGGUAAAAAUGUUGAUGAUUCAUUUUGUAAUCAACAUAACGAGUGUUGUUUCUUCUGAAUGUAAACAAUGUUGAUUAUGCUGAUUAUGUUCUGGGGUACUUGCUAAAAUUACAUUGUUGGUUUUUCUUGCGCAUACAAAGUAUUCUCGUAGCUUCGUAAAAUGGCAGCUGAUUACAGAACAAAUGAUUCAAAAUUCCACCGAUGUCCUUGCUAGGUUUCUUUGCAUUGAUCGUAACAGCCUCGCUGUCUGUGGAGCGUCAGAGAGCUCUCGGAUCCCAUCAGUCUUAAUUUGUUUGGAAGAUGAAGGAAGGUCUUGAAGGUUUGGAACCACAUGAGGGCGAGCAAUUAAUCACCGAAUUUUCAUUUUGGGGCGAACCAUCUAGCCCUUUAACAUUUUCAAAUGUACUGCAUACAAGUUUGCGAAAUAUUAAGCAGAAAAUGGGUUUUACAGCAUGUGUGAACACAAGUAAAAAGACGGCGUCAAUUAUAAUUUUUUUCCUUUAAUGUCAGGCUCUUUGUGAAGAAAUCUAGUGCAAACAGCAGCUACAGUCAGUCACUGCUAACAUUUUUUUCUGAAGGUCAGACGUACACCUUGCUAUUGCUUUGUGGCCUGUUUAUCAUUACUUAUUAAAAACAAAGUCUUAGUAUUUACAGAGUUCACAGGCAUUAUCAGACUGGUCAAUCAAUGGCGUUGCCAAAUCCUUCAGACCAACUGAUCACAUUUACAGUACAUUACAUCUUCUCUUUGCAUUUAAAACCGGUUUUGUCUUCCCUUCUGAAUCGGGGACAAGUUUGUCGUUCAAUAAAUAUCUCGGUGUCUCACAAGUUAAAGCAAAAACUUGUACGAGAAAUCUAUAAAUUUGCUUUCUUCGAGCACCAUCUCAUCUAAGCCAUUACAGAACCAAUGCUCAGUUAUUUUCAGUAGGGCUUUUCCAAUAAAAUACAUCUAUAAUUUAAAACCGAUUAUCUCUAUUACAGUUUGCUAAAUAGAUUGCACAGAUAUUGUUUCCCCCCUUCAAAGAUAUGCAUAACUUUAAGAUGUCGCUUUAAUCUAAACUUCUACUAGCUUCCGAUAGUUCCUAAAAUACAGAACAAAAUAUUGGAUAUUUUUCUGAUUGUCUACAAAUUGUUUGUUGGCCAUGAUCUAAAAAGGCAUCACAUUGUUUCGUUAUUUGUGCAUGUAGCUCACAUUAUAGACUAAAUGGACUACACAGGAAUAAAGAUGUGCCUAUUAUUUUCCCAUAUAUGCAUAUAUUCUUAUUUAUUGGUGAAAGUCCCUAUUUUGCAGUGGCAAACUGUCUCAAAUCAACUAAAAAUCUGC